GACAGAUCCUCUGACAUCACUUUUGGGUUUUAUAUAAUGAGGGAAUCGAGCCCACUCUUUACCACAUACAAGCGGUCGUGAAGACAAGAAGAGGCAUCGUUUGGAACGGCAGCACAGAAGAGGAAGACGUGGCUGCAGCAUCAGCAUCAGCAUCCCUCUCUGUGUCUCACCCUGAACUUUAUGGACUAGGUUCAUUGUCAAGUCAGCUCUUUAGAAUUGGAUUUUUUUUAUUUUUGUUUGGUUCUUCUUUUCGGAGCAUGAUGCAGGCACAGUUGAUGUGUGUGCUUUUCCUUUGUUUCACAUGUGGUGGACUUUGUGCAGGUGUGGACCAGGAGCAGCGAGCGCUGGAAGAGGAUCUUAUCAGCAGCCUCUUCACAUCUAAGUUGAAACAGAAUAAGCAGAGUGCCCCCUACUGGCGUGUGUCACUGGCCAACCUGUGCAACCUGGUGAACAGCCUGCGUCAGGGGGCCUGGAGCAGCGAGGAUGAGGAGGAAGAAGAGCUGAGGGAGGGGAGCAUUCGGCUGCUGGAGGAGCUGUAUAGUCUGCGCCACAUCUGCCGGGCACUGCAGGGCCGAGAGGAGCAGCAGCCCCUUGACUCUGUUGAAUAUUCAGAGGAGAUUGCAGACACACCACCGAAACGAAAAUCACCCUACAUCCUGAAGAGACAAACAGUGCACAGCACAAAGUCCCGGAGGCCUUACAUCUUAAAACGAAGCAGAGGUUACUGACAACCAUCCCUAUGGAGGGGAUGCUGGAGUUUCGGUGACAACACACCAUAUGCUUUCUGUGGAUGUGAUUGUUUCCCUGCAGUAGUUUUUCUCUCUCUGUUCUGUCAAACCCUCUGUUGCUCAUCCAGCAAUGAGACCUGCUUGUUUUCAGCUCCUCAGAAUGCAGAAACAUCAAGUAAAAACAUGCAUCUGUGAAAGAACACAUUGUAUGUUAUUUCUUCACUGCACAGUAACUUUAUUUUCAUUCAGAAUGUGAUUAAAGAAUUCAUAAUACAAAAA